GGAGCGGGGCUACUUCCGGCCGGAAGUGCGCGGGUGAGGCCGCGGGGGGCAGGAGCCGGCAGCAUGUCCGCCAGCGCUGUCUACGUGUUGGACCUGAAGGGGAAGGUUCUCAUCUGUCGAAAUUACCGUGGAGAUGUUGAUAUGUCAGAGGUUGAGCAUUUUAUGCCAAUCCUUAUGGAAAAGGAAGAAGAAGGAACGCUUUCCCCCAUUCUAGCUCAUGGAGGAGUUCGUUUUAUGUGGAUUAAACAUAACAAUUUAUAUCUUGUUGCAACUUCUAAGAAGAAUGCUUGUGUCUCUCUGGUGUUUUCAUUCCUCUAUAAGGUGGUUCAGGUAUUUUCUGAAUAUUUCAAGGAGUUGGAAGAAGAAAGCAUUCGGGAUAACUUUGUUAUUAUUUAUGAAUUGCUAGAUGAGCUAAUGGAUUUUGGUUAUCCCCAAACCACUGAUAGUAAAAUUUUACAAGAGUACAUCACUCAGGAAGGCCACAAACUUGAAACUGGAGCUCCACGUCCACCUGCCACUGUUACCAAUGCUGUUUCUUGGAGGUCAGAGGGGAUAAAAUAUAGGAAAAAUGAGGUGUUUCUGGACGUUAUAGAAUCUGUUAACCUUUUGGUUAGUGCCAAUGGCAAUGUAUUACGGAGUGAGAUAGUUGGAUCCAUUAAAAUGAGGGUCUUUCUCUCAGGAAUGCCAGAGCUUCGCCUUGGUUUAAAUGAUAAAGUACUCUUUGAUAACACAGGACGUGGCAAAAGCAAGUCAGUGGAAUUGGAAGAUGUAAAGUUUCACCAGUGUGUCCGUCUCUCUCGCUUUGAAAAUGACCGGACCAUUUCUUUCAUCCCACCUGAUGGGGAGUUUGAACUCAUGUCUUAUCGUCUUAACACUCACGUAAAACCACUGAUCUGGAUUGAGUCUGUGAUUGAAAAACAUUCCCACAGUCGCAUAGAGUACAUGAUCAAGGCAAAGAGUCAAUUCAAGCGCAGAUCUACUGCCAACAAUGUGGAGAUUCAUAUUCCAGUUCCAAAUGAUGCAGACUCACCAAAAUUUAAAACCACAGUGGGAAGUGUUAAAUGGGUUCCAGAGAACAGUGAAAUUGUGUGGUCCAUUAAAUCUUUUCCGGGGGGAAAGGAGUAUCUAAUGCGAGCUCACUUUGGACUUCCAAGUGUUGAAGCUGAAGAUAAAGAAGGCAAACCACCCAUUAGUGUCAAGUUUGAAAUUCCAUAUUUUACCACUUCAGGAAUCCAGGUCCGCUACUUAAAGAUCAUCGAGAAGAGUGGGUAUCAGGCUUUACCAUGGGUUCGCUAUAUCACCCAAAAUGGAGACUAUCAGCUCCGAACGCAAUAAGAAUUUUUGUACCCGACAUAGACAGCUGUACUUCAGGCCUAAAAUUUGUUUGCAGAAAUCUUUACCGUAUUGAAGACUGCAGACUCUUGUUUCCAGAUGUAUUGUUUCAGCAAACUUGAACUGAGGAGAAGGAAUUGGUUAUUUACUGUGUUCAACAAACAGUGUUUGGACCAUUAGUACAGAUUGGGUAGAUGUUUAUUUCAUUCUUAGAGCACGUUAAUUUUGCUGCUAAAUGUUGAUCGUGUUGGGAGUAGCAGGUUUUCCUGAGAAGCCAGGCACGCAGAUUGAAUCUCUUGACAGUCAAGUGUCAGAGGUUCCAGUGUCCAGACUUUCAAGAGUACUAAUGCCAUCUGUAAAGUCAUUAGCAGAAUCAUAUUAAAAACAGGAAAAAUGAUAGUGCCACUGAAAUGACUCUAAGCAUUCUUGGUUGCGCUAACCCAAGAUAUUUAUUCUGCCCAAAAAUCCAUCUUCUGGGUGAUGACUGCUUUUAAUUAAGGCUGUAUGAGCUUGCAGUGACUUAAAGAUGGAUCAAAAAAUUGUCAUAGAUUCAGAAUAAAAGUUGGUUUUAUUUCAAAUGUUUAGGUCAUGUAAUCUUUGACAACUUGAAGUGGUGGGAUUGUGCACAGUUUUAAACAUACAAAUACUAUAACUGCUAUGUCACGUCCAAGGUGACAGAUGUCAAGAAAAAAUGUCUGUGGCCAUCGCUGCAGAAUCAAAAUGAAUGCUCGUUGCUAGCAGAGAUUGCAAUGCUGAGGCAUUUAAACAAUUAGUGCCAGCUAGCACAAUGCUUGUUUGGCUUUGAUAUUAUCGAUGGUAAAAGAAAAUUAAAACUUGGAUUAAACAAGCUGAGACUUGUAUUUACAUUUAAGGUCAAAAACAAUAUGGCUAAAAAAUAACUCAGUAGGAAGAUGCUUCUUGAUCUUUAGAAUAAUUCAGGUCCUUCCUGAUUCUUUCCAAUCUAUUAGCAUCUCAGUGGAUAACAAUCAGAAACUGCAUCCCUAUCACCCAGGUUAGUUUCAGAUAAAUUUUUUUCAACAUGUACUUUAAAGAAUUGUUUAAACUUGCUCCAACUUGUCUUGAAAUUUGCUUUCUUUCCCUGUCUUUUUUCCAUUUAAGUAGUUACCCAGUUCUUUGUUCUAAGCUUGUUGACACACACUGCCACAGAAUGUUACAUAGUCAGGGCAGACCCUUGCCUGGGUUCGUGUGUGUUUCUUUAUUUUGUAUGUUUGGCUGUUUUACGUACUGCUGUUGUUUUUGAAGAUAGAGCUGAGUUGCUUCUGUUCUAGAAAAUGUUCAACAAAUAAUUGUAGCAGGGUUCUGUUCAAAAAGGACUUCCAAACACCUUUUUUUUUGGUGUGAUGGUAAACCUGACGGUUGUUAUAUUGGCAGAUUUGAAGACUGAAUGUUUCUGCCCACAGAUGGAUGCCUGCACUGCCCUAUUAAAUGUCCUGAGCCCUGCCUCGAGGGUGAGAGGAUAACUCAGCAACUGUAACCCUCAUAUUCUGUUGCAAAUAUUAUUAAAAAAAAUCAACCAAAUUCCCGAGUAAUGUAGCUUUAUAUUAAAGGAGGACUUAUCUCAGAAAAGACUCCUGCUGAUGUUUGUUACAGUGCUAACAUAAAAGGUGUGUCUAGAAGACAGUAUGGGGGAGAGGUGGAUGAUGAGGCAGAAUUUUAAGUGUGGAUGCAUGUAUUCCAAAGUAAGUGAUGUCUGUUACCCAGCAAGUCUGCUGUCAAAAAUUAUUAAAUCACGUUGUCCAAGA